AUGUCGCCGCGCGUGCUCGCGCUGUUCGACGUCGACGGCACGCUGACGGUGCCGCGAAAGGAGGCGGACGACGUCAUGAAGCGCUUCAUGGAGGAUCUGCGGUCGAGGGUGACGGUCGGGAUCGUGGGCGGGUCGGAUCUGGUGAAGAUCUCCGAACAGCUCGGCGAGGGCGUGGAGCGGGAGUACGCGUACUUGUUCUCGGAGAACGGGCUGGUGGCGUACAAGGAUGGCGCGCUCCUGGCGAAGCAGUCGCUCAAGGCGUUUCUGGGCGAGGACAAGUUGAAGCGGUUUAUUAACUUUGUGCUGCACUACGUGGCGGAUUUGGACGUCCCGGUGAAGCGGGGGACGUUCAUCGAGUUCAGGGCGGGGAUGCUGAACGUGUCGCCGAUCGGGAGAAAUUGCAGUCAGGAGGAGCGGGACGAGUUCGAGCGCUUUGACGAAAAGGCGGGCGUGCGCAAGGCGAUGGUGGAGACUCUGCGCAAAGAAUUCGCGGAUUACGGGCUGACGUACUCCAUCGGGGGACAGAUUUCGUUCGACGUGUUCCCGCAGGGAUGGGAUAAGACGUACUGCUUGCAAUUCGUGGAGAACGACUUCGACGUCAUUCACUUCUUCGGCGACAAGACGUACCCGGGCGGUAACGACCACGAGAUUUUCGAGUCUCCGAAGACGAUCGGGCACACCGUGACGUCGCCCGAGGACACUCGCAAGCAAGUCACCGAGCACAUUCUCGACAAGCUUUAG